GAGACGGGCGUCCUUUUUAAUGACGAGCCACUGUUCUGUGAGUGACUUGUGAUUGAUGAGGUACGCCUCGUCAUUUUUGAGAUGGGCGUCCUUUUUAAUGACGAGCCACUACAUGGUGAGUGACUUGUGAUUGAUCAGGUACGCCGUCAUUUUUAAGAUGGGCGUCCUUUUUAAUGACGAGCCACUAUAUGGUGAGUGACUUGCGAUAGAUGACGAGGCCUAAUAUUUGACUGUCCUUUCUUUUUUAGCAAGCUAAGGACGCGGCUAGGGCGUCAGGGAAGAAGAAGGGGACGACUCUGUCCCAGCUGAAGAAGAGAGCUGUGCCGGCUGGCUCGGAGACUCCGAGUACCUUCAAGAAGCCAAAACCCCUACCUCGCCGUCUCGUGAAGAAAGACGAGUCGAAGGUUGCUGAGGGGGGAUGCCCUGAUGACGAAGAGAUGGGCGUGGACAAGCCGUCUCUGGUGGUGGACUUGGUGUCCAAAUCGAGGUCCGGUGGGCAUCCGGACGAGCUGGAGGACCCUCUUUCGGGAAUCCCGGCCGACGUCCGCUCUCAGAUACCGGUGGAGGUGGCCCGCCGAGCUAGGUCUUCGGGCGGUAAGUAUUAUUCGAACGUCGUUCAGACGUAUCGAGCCUCCUCUGGCAGUUCUUCUUACUCUCCGCGUCAUCCUAAGGCCGUUGUUUUUCCUAUAGCCAAAGACAAAGGGAAGGAUGCAGCUGCUGCCGAGGACGAGAACGUACCUGCUACUCCCCACUAUUCGUCAAAGGAUAGGGUGGCUAUAUGCCGCAAGGUUUUUAAGGCCGUCCCCGCAGAGUAUGUUGCUUCUCUUCCUGGCCGCAAGACUGACGCCCAGUUUGGUGCGAUCCAGGCCACUCUUCUCGACUUGUUCUGCCGCAUGGAAUUCUGCAAGAGUUGGAAGACCCGCACUGCUGAGGAGCUCAAAGCUCAGGUGGCUGAGUCCACCCACCAUGGCGACUAUGCGUUCAAGUCCAUUGAAGAGGUCCGCCUGCAGAUGCAGACGACCAUAGACCUUCAAGCGAAGGAGGUAGCUGCGUUGAGAUCUGACAAGGCCGAGCUGCUUAAGAAGAUCUUGGCGCAGGACAAGGACAUGGUGGCAAUGGUCGAGGAGGCCAAGACAGCGGCGGCGGAAAUACGGGCGCUUCAGGACCAGUUCUGA